AUGGCCCCAAAGAAACAAGCUACGGUAGUGACAGAACAGGAUAUUUCAAAUUCAGAUAACGAACAGCUUGUGGAAUUGAUAAAUAAUCUAGUGAACACAAAACAAGACGAGUUGUUUGCCAAAUAUAAAGCUAAAGUUGAGAGCCAGUUAGAGAAUGACCAUCAGCUAAUUGAGGACUUGCAAGCGGAAUUAAAAGCAAAAGACGACAGAAUAGAUGCGCUAUUGGAAGAGCUUUCGUUGCUAAAACAAGAUCCGGGCAUGGAGUUUGCCUCUCCUAUACGGAAGAAAGCUUCUGGCAGAUUAAACCAAGAUGAGUUAGCUAAGGAGAGGGAAAACAUUUGCUUUACGUUGGAUAUGAUAGAGCUAUUGACGGGGGUGAAAGUUAUCAAUUUUGAAAACACCUCGGACGAAUACAUAUUUGACAUUAAGCAAUCGUCGUCUGUGAAACUGGGACUUACUAUGCACUAUCAGUUGGUAUUGGCGUCUCAGCCCAGCCCGGAAAUCAAUUACAUUCCGACGUUUUUGGACGCUCUAGAGGGAGAGGAAGUUGAAGAUUAUGAAAACGCAAAGAUAUUACAAAAGAUCUUGCCAGAUUAUCUAUGUGAGAAUUUGUCGUUCCCAUUCGACACUUUGGCACAAUUCUACGGGAAAGUCAAUCGAGCCUUAAACAAAAAGUAA